UUCUGCGACUCCAUCCCCACUCCACAGAGAAAGACAGAGUGCUAGUAGAAUUUAGUAGAAAUGGCGAAAGACGUUGAGCAAGUGACGGAGCAAGGUGGCGAGUACUCGGCCAAGGACUACACGGACCCACCUCCGGCGCCCUUGAUCGACCCCGAGGAGCUCACCAAGUGGUCCUUGUACAGAGCCGCCAUAGCCGAGUUCAUAGCCACCCUCCUCUUCCUCUACAUCACCGUCUUGACCAUCAUUGGCUACAAGAGACAGACCGACACCAACAUUCCCGGCAACACGGAAUGCGACGGCGUCGGCAUUCUGGGCAUCGCUUGGGCCUUCGGCGGCAUGAUCUUCAUCCUCGUUUACUGCACCGCCGGCAUCUCUGGGGGACACAUCAACCCUGCGGUGACGUUCGGGUUGUUCUUGGGACGCAAGGUGUCGCUUGUGAGGGCGUUGUUGUACAUAAUAGCGCAGUGCGCCGGUGCUAUCAGCGGUGCUGGGUUGGCGAAGGGGUUCCAGAAAUCCUACUACAACAGGUACGGAGGUGGGGUUAACCUCGUCAGCGAUGGCUACAACAAAGGAACCGCCUUGGGUGCCGAAAUCAUUGGUACCUUCGUUCUUGUCUACACUGUUUUCUCCGCCACUGAUCCUAAGAGGAACGCUAGGGACUCUCAUGUUCCUGUGUUAGCACCACUUCCCAUUGGGUUUGCCGUCUUCAUGGUUCACUUGGCAACAAUCCCUGUCACGGGUACCGGAAUUAACCCCGCAAGGAGUUUCGGUCCAGCUGUCAUCUUCAACGAGGACAAAGCCUGGGACGACCAAUGGAUUUACUGGGUUGGACCGUUUAUUGGAGCUGCCGUGGCUGCAUUCUACCACCAAUAUAUUCUUAGAGCUGCAGCGAUCAAAGCUCUUGGAUCCUUCAGGAGCAACGCUUAGUUAAGAUCAUGACUUGUUCUAUGUGUCACCCAAAUUAAAAGAAUAACGUACAGUUCCACUUCAAGUCUGUCUACAGCUCCCAUCCCUUUGGCUUUUGUGCUUACUGCUUACUUACCCCUGGGUUUGGGGCAAAAGCCGAAUACCAUGGGCUCUUGAAUUUGUAGAUAAGAGUGCUUUUAUUUAUCAUGUCUAGUCAAGGGUGUAUUUCUAUCCCUUUUGUUUUCAAUUUCUUGUGUUAUCCAAUGUGCUGCUGCAUCCACAUUACCCAAUUUUUCUUUUCGUAAAUGCUGUAUUUUCAUCAUCAUCUGCUCCCGCAUAAAAUUCACCACUUCUCAA